UCUCGGCCCCCAGGAGAACCCAGGGGGAGGGGGUGAUGUUGCCACACAUUUUCCAGUAUGUGUCCUGUUACUCACCACGGCUACUAACUCCUCAUCUCACUGGUUACUCAGCUAGUGUGGGAAGGGGGUUAUUGCUAGACUCUGCUUUGUGUGUAAGCCAAGCGUUCCCAUCAGGAGUGUCCGCAUUUGAGAAGCGCAGUGAGGCUGAAUGCACACAGGAGUGGCUGUGGAGACAGACGGUAGCGACUUUUGGUUUUAAGACCAGAACUUCUGGACCUGCUGUCUCCAGCACAGCUCCCUGCCGCUCUUCUCUCCCUCCCCACCCACCUCCUUGCCAGUAGCCCCAAGGAAAGGUUCGGCAGCAGCCAUCAUGGUUGGAGGGAUGGCGGUGAGAACCUGGAUUGAGCCCGUGGUGGCUGGCGCCCAGGUAGCCAGCUCCUUUUACGACACAGGGCUGCUGCUAGUGGUGAAGAACUACUACAACCGGACCAACUCAACCUCCCCGGCGCACGUGCUUGAGGAUCUGCAGCAGAAAGCAGUCUCGGACUUCUACAUCAUCUACAAUUUGGUCCUGGGCCUGAGCCCUUUGUUGACGGCCUAUGGCCUGACAAAGCUCGGCGACAAGAAGAACAGGAAGAUCACCAUUUGCUUACCUCUCCUCGGCUAUCUGGUCUCCAGGUCUCUCCUGCUCCUCUUAAUCCUGCUGGAGUGGCCUAUUGAGGUGAUGUACGGGGCGGCAGCCUUAAACGGUCUGACAGGCGGCUUCACCACCUACUGGGCUGGCGUCAUGGCUCUGGGGGCUCUGGGCUCCUCUGAACACAGGCGGUCACUGCGGCUGAUUGUUAUUGAGCUGACCUAUGGGAUGGCGGGCUUCUUGGGCAGCAUAGCAUCUGGGCACAUCUUCGUCCAUUCCCACAUAAGUUAUCGACAUGGCACUGUGCUAGUGGCCUCCAGCAUUGCCUUCUAUGCCUUCUGCUUCCUCUACAGCUUCUUUGUUCUGAAAGUCCCUAGGCCUGAAGGCACCUGCCCAGCUUACACAGCUCACGGCAAACUCAAGGACAUAGAUCAGCCUGACAGCCAGCUACCGGAGGAUGAAAGAACGGCAGGGAGUUCGGGCUCUUGUGAGGACGAGGGGCGCGGCCCCCUGGCACCAUCAAAACUCAUCAUUGCAAUGCUCUUCGUCGGGGCUGUCUUGUAUGACCUAGCAGUUGUGGGAGCCAUGGAUGUGCUCCCGCUGUUUUUGCUUAAGAAACCUUUAAGCUGGGGCCCCGUGGAGAUUGGCUACGGCAAUGCUGCUGGCUACAUGAUCUUUAUUACCAGUUUCCUGGGGGUAUUUGUGUUCUCCAAGUAUUUAAGGGACACGACUAUGAUCAUCAUUGGGAUACUGUCCUUCAGCGUCGGCAUUCUCAUCAUGGCCUUUGUGCGAUGGACAUUCCUGUUCUAUGUUGCUCGGGCCAUAAUGCUGUUUGCUCUCAUCCCCUUACCAACCAUCAGAUCUCUGUUAUCCAAACAUGUACAAGGAUCGUCCUAUGGUAAGGUGUUUGUCUUGCUGCAACUGUCUUUAGUGAUCACUGGGGUAGUUACAUCCACAGCCUUCAACAAGAUCUAUCAAAACAUACUGGACUGGUUCAGCGGGUUCUGUUUCAUUUUGUCUUGUGUCGCUGGCUGCUUAAGUAUCAUCCCCAUCAGCAUUGUGGCCUACAAGCAACGCUCAAGAUCUGGCUCCUUUGAAAUCCUAGCAGAAUGAUGGCACGCCAUUGCAAGUUUCAGCUCUGGGCAUUAUUGUCGGUUGGAGCACCUUACUGUACUACAGAGCUCAAGAGGACAGAUGAUGGAAGACAGCUCUUCGGGCCUGCCACACUAGUUUUAGUCACUAUGGAUUUAGGCUGAAAUUAAACAUGUUAGCUUAGGUGACAGCAGACAGGUAUCCAUGCCACAGACUGUUCUCAUGGGUAGCCCAUGGGCUGAGGCCAAUAAGCAUACCAUCUCCCUCACCUGAGGGAUUAGGAGCUUGUAUUGCUGCUUCUGCGGUACAGAAGUGGUAGACAGUCCAGCAGCAUUUGAUUUCAAAUUUAUGCCAGUGGAGGGGAUGACACCAUCUUGGCUGAUAGUCCAGAAAACUUUAGCGUGGUAACAGAGCUCCGCCCGGCCAUAGAAAUAACCACCUCCAUUCAGCAGCACUGCCCGGAGGAAUUUAUGGACAGGCAAGAGGGAGGAACAAUUGCUGCCAAGUCAGUCCUGGAAGGGAGGAUUAGGUGCGUCAGAAUAGGUACAAUUUACAUAAGCUUAAAAAUUUCCCUUAACCACCCUCCAAUUUAAUUUGCAAGGGGAGGGUAAGGCAUAGAAAGAGAAGAGGGAUAUAAAAAGGGGCAAACUCCUUUAUACAAGGAAGCCCCUUUUCAGAGUGAUGCUGACCUGAAGGGAAGAUACAGAGCUCGAUUCUUUGUUUUGUCACUCUAAAGAUGAUUGCAAGCCCUUCAGGGCCUGAACUGUCUUAUUCUGUGUUUGUAGAACAGCCUACCCCUUCUCUCUCCCCCCCCCCCCCCCCCACCCCACUGUAAACCUAUUUAUCAUCUUGAGAAACCACAACACUUUUUAUAAGCUGGAUCAUAGUCAGACCAUCAGGGACUGUUGUACAAGACCAGUACAGACACAGGUUCUGCACCUGCAAUGAAGUGGGAGUAGAGUUCAUGCAUGAUAAUACUGUAGAUGCAAAAUUGAAGUUAUUUCAGCAUCAGCCACUGACUAUUAACUGUGUUAAACUAGUUCUGAAAGGCACGAGGACCCAGAAAUCCCAAUAUGUAGAAUUUAGCAAUUCAACUGACUUCCAUGUAUAAAAAGUAAAUAAGCUGUAAAUCAAUGCAUCAAUAAAGAAUUACUGAACAGG